AUGGCGCUGUCGGAGCCCGUGACGCCCAGGUCCAGCUCCUCCUCGGAGGCGCAGUGGUACGCCUCGCCCAGGGGCGCCGAAAACAGCAGCACUUCGCUCGAGCUCUUGGUCGUCGCCGUUAUCACACCUGCCAACACAUCAAGGACCCGGCUUCAGAACAUACUCAAAGGGCUCCACCAAAUAGUCCGUUGGGGGUGCGGGGGCGUCCUUACCUUGGAGCAGGAGGAGCGCGAGGCCAAGGCGAUUCAUGGUGGCGGGCUGGCGGGCGACUGGGCUGGCGGCGGCGGCGGCCGCAGCGCGGGGCGGGCGACAACAGAUCGAUGGGGGCGGGGCGACGUGGGCGGAGCGCCCUACUUCACCCUCCCGCCGCCCAUCUCGAAGGCCCACGCACGCACGCGCUCGCACGCACGCGGUCGAAGGGCCGAGAGGUUGGAGCCUUGUUCUGAACUUCCAGAUGUGUAA